UAAAUCCCCUAAUUUACUUACAAUGUUUUAAUACACAGUGUUAGUUUUUCAGAAUUCUAGAAGUGAUUUAAUAAAUCAAAAUGAAACGCUUGUGCUUAUUUGUAUUGAGUGUAUCUCUUUGCGUUUGUGCUAUCGAACACGAUUUUAAAGGAUUUGAUGAUAAUAUUUUAUUUGGAAUAUUAUGGCCAGGAUCUUUAGAUACACCAGAAAAGUUAUUAGAAGGAGAAGUCAAGCCAGAGUCCAAAGAAACAUUAAAUGUAAUGACAAACCUAAAAGAGAAAUAUAACUGUCAACUACCAAAUUUAAGUCAAAAUCAGACAGCGACUACAGCAGACUAUGAUGGCCCGUCACCAAUAAACCUGUUGAAGCCAUUGUUCUCACAGAAAAUCUGCUCCUAUAGGCUUGAGAGUUAUUGGAGCUAUGAGGUGUGCCAUGGGAGGUAUGUCAGGCAGUAUCACGAGGAAAGAGAUGGUAAGACAGUCAAAACGCAGGAGUUUUUCUUGGGCACUUGGAAUGAUGAGGAACAAUCAAAAUUGGAAGAGAAGUGGAAGGUAGCACUGGAAAAUAAAGAACCACCUAAAAUGUCAAAGGUUGAAGGACAGACUCUGCCGUAUGUUGAAAUGGUUAUGGAAUUAGGUACAAAAUGUGACCUGAACGACAAACUGCGCCUCACGCGUGUACUCUACGUCUGCUACAGUCACGGCAGACACGAGGUGUACUCCUUCAAGGAAACUUCGACGUGUGAAUACGAAACCAUCAUCCUGUCGCCGCUCUUGUGCCAACAUCCUCAAUUCAAACCAAAGGAUGUUGUCGAGAACACGAUAAACUGUUUGCCAGUCGGAGACGCGCCUAAGAAACCAAGGAAUUUGUUAAAGAGUGAAGUGGAGAGUUUGAAGUUCCAGAAUCAGGCGAUCAAACUGAUGAACGAUGAUAAAGACGCUAGUGAUGUACUUGCCGUAUGGAAAGUUGAAAAAAUAGUGAAGGACGGCGAGACGCAUCUGAAGUUUGAGUUGCACCCGCUGACGGAUGACGAAGCUGCGCCGGAAGACGCUCAGAAACAGCUCGCGCCGCCGUCCGAUGCGCCCGCGCCGAAGGACGACUCGCCUGUGCGCGCCUUUCUGGACGGAGAGACUUGUCUGAAUGGGGGCACGGGGUGGUGGAAGUACGAGUUCUGCUACGGCAAGCACGUGAUGCAGUACCACGUGGACCGCGCGGGGGAGAAGACCACGCUGCUGCUGGGCAAGUUCGACGAGCAGGCGCACUUGGACUGGAACAAGGAGAACAGGGGGAAGGCUCCCAAGCCUUCUGCUAAACGCACCUCAGUGUCGCACUUCUACUCGGGGGGCGACGUUUGCGACAAGACCGGCAAGCCGCGCCAGACCGAGGUGAAGCUGCGCUGUCCAGAGAACGGCUCGACUCUCCCGCAAGUCUCUCUGUACUUACUGGAGCCUAGGACCUGUCAUUACAUCUUGGGCGUUGAAUCGCCAGUAAUUUGCGAAAUAGUGAAACUUGCUGAUAAAAACGGGCUCAUCAAGUCAUUCUCGCCGGAGCUGUCACAGGACAAAGAUAAAGGGACUAAAGAAGGAAAGGGCGAUGAUGAAAGUGAGCUUAAGAAAAAAGAUCCUAAUAAGCUUGGUUUAGAUUAAUUAAUAAAUUAACUUAUUGUUA